AGAGACAAUAUAAGAAAAAGACUGAGUUGGCGCGUAAAAAAGGAUCCAACCCAAAUAAAACAUCAAUCGGGUCUGCGCUGCAAUUUCCUUUUCUUUCCAUUGAAAAGAAAAACAGCAGACAAACAAGACCUUCAACUUCUUCUUCUUAGGUCAACAAUCUUUUUACGUUGAAGCGACGUAAUAUCAUAAUUUAUUAAUCUUCACCAAUUCUUUUAUGUUACCAACCCAUUUUUUUUAUUUCUUUGUUUAAUUAUCGUUAAUUUGUUUAUCUCUUUCUUCCUUAAACCUCUCUUAAUUUCUCAUAACAGAACAUCUCUUUUUAAUUUUAUCUUCUUUCUUUCCCCGAUAUUUUCUGGAGGGGUAUUUUGAAGAUGGGAAAGCAUUUAUGGAGAAAACAUUCGUAUGGAAGAGCUGAAGAAGAUCAUCCAGGAUGUAUUUGGACCGUAUUUCGUGUUCUUAAUUAUCAUCCAUGGCAUAACGUUCGAAAAAUGCUUCCUUACAAGAAUCAUAAAUCCGAUGUAAAAUCAAGCAAAAGUAAUAAAGACAUAAAGGCAGAAGAAGAACAUGAAAUCAGCAUACCACAAGAGUUGGAGGAAGAUUCUAUAAUAAAGUACUCUGAUUCUGUAAAUUCAAAUGGUUCUUCCAAAAAUGGUUCGAAAAGAAAGAGGUCAAUCAAAGCUAGAAUUAAAGCCUUAAUAAAAGAGAGAGACGACACAUCAACUAAAUUAGAUUUUCAAGAGGUUAAGGGUGAAAAUGUUGAUAAUUCAGCUCCAAUCUUAAUGUCUCUUCUUAAGGCAAAUCCAAAGCUAAUAAGAAGCAUCAGUCGUUUAGACGAUUCGAGUAUUACCAUCAAAUCCGGACUAAGUGUUAAGCGCAAAGAGGAUCCGAAACAUAAAGAUGAUUAUGUAGAUGUUCUAGAUCUAUUCGAAGUCGAUCAAGACUUGUUCUUAAGAAUUUUGCAAAAAGGUCCUCCUAAGAAACCGAGAUUAGUCAAGUCGGGUACCUUCCCUUCGAGAAAUCAUUCAAAUUUCGAUACAACACCUAGGAAAGUCGAGCAUAAGCAUAACGAAAUUUGGCCUAUGUCGAGCAAUGUACACGAGCUUCGUAAGGCCAAGUCACAAACUACUAUUCGAAGGUCAUUUUCUCUUACAGAGUCUUUGGAAAAAUAUAGUUAUUUGUUUGAUACUACUAGUAAUAAAGCAAUUAAGAAACACUUAUCCAAGAGUUUGAGAUCAAUCAAUGAGAAGGAAUUUGCGCUAUUUAAUGAUCUUGACUGUGGGAAAUCGUUUAAUAAGAGACUCGAUUCUUCUACUUCGAAUCAUGGAGAAUCGAAAAUCGAACAAUCAGAUGCAGAUGAGCAACAACAGAUUGAUGCAAUGAUUAUUAUGGGUAGUAAUUGUGAAACAAAUGAUGGGUUUACUUCUAUUUCUGUUCAAGAAUGUGAAAAUGAACUUGAAGAUUCUCCAAUUUUAGAAGAAUCAAUUUUGGUCUCAAAUACUAAAUCAAAAUCUAUAAGAAAAAGCUCAAAAGACUCAAAUGAUCUGUUUUUGGUGGAGCACCAGUACAAUCAAGACUUAGAGUAUGUGACAUAUGUUCUUGAUAUAGCUGGCUUUUCCACUGUCGAAAGCCAACUUGAAUCAUGGCACCACCGUAAUCAACCCCUCGAUCCAGCGAUGUUUGAUGGGAUUGAAGUUUGUUGUCCAUUCGAGCCUAAAUCAAUGAACCAUAUUGAAUCGAACUUUGACAUAUCUAGUUAUCAUCGUAAGAUCUUAUUCGAUUUGAUCAACGAGGCAUUAGUAGAGAUACAUGAGAAAUCAUACACGUAUUACCCAAAAGCGUUGUCGACUUGGUGCCAUGUUCGGCCUAAAACAAAAUCAAAAGUUCGCGUUGUUGAACAAGUUUGGGAAGUUAUUAAUGAGUACUUAAAUUGGAUGGCAGAAUUAGACCCAUCAAUGGAUCUUGCAGUGGCUCAUGACUUAUCAAAAGAUAAGAAUGGUUGGGCUAAUCUUCAAAUGGACUCUGAAGAUCUCGGUUUAGAAUUGGAGGAAUUGAUUUUUAAUGAGUUGUUAGAUGAACUUGUUUGUUAUUGAUUGUUUAUUUCUUGGAUAACUUAAUUUCACCUACAUUACAUUUGUUUAUCUUGUAUAUUGUUUAGGGUGAUGUUUUUUACAUUUUUUAUUGAGAAUAAAAAUUAUCCCUUUGUAACUAAUUGGGUAUAAGAUCAAGUGAUCAACAACUUAUAACAAAAGAUGUAACAAAGGCAAUAAUAAUUGGCUUAUCCUUUUAUA